AUGCCGAGGUCUCUUUCGGAGGAGGACCCAUGCCUAGGCCGCAUCGUCGCCGACGCCGGCGGGGCUUUCGCCGUGGGUGCCGUGGGAGGCUCCGUCUUCCACUUCAUCAAGGGCGCCCGCGACUCGCCCAGCGGCGCCAGGAUGACCGGCGGUGCGCAGGCGCUGCGCAUGAACGCCCCGCGAGUCGGCGGCUCCUUCGCCGUCUGGGGCGGCCUCUUCUCCGCCUUCAACUACGCCGCCGUCUACGCGCACCAGAAGGACGACCCCUGGAACUCCAUCGCCGCCGGUGCCGCUGCCGGCGGCCUGCUCUCCGUGCGCCAGGGCCUCAGAGCUGCUGCGAAGUCGGCCGCGUCCGGCGCCGCCCUCCUCGCGCUCGUCGAGGGUAUGGGCAUCCUAGCCAACCGAGCACAGGCCGCGCAGCAGAACCUACCGCCCGUCGACGACCCCGCCAUUGCAGCACAAUGA